AUGGCAGCCCGUCGCGGCCUCGGCCGCAUCACCGCCGCGUGCGAGGCCGGCGUGACGCGGCUGACACGCGUGGAGGUGGAGGCUGGCGCAGCGCUGCUGCUCACGACGCAGGCAUCGACCAAGGUUUACCGCACCAAACGCGACGGGAUCGCCGCGACGCAGAGCCUCAACGCCACGGUGGACGACGGCGGGCUGCUCGUGCUCGCUCCCGACCCGGUCGUGCCUUACGAGUCGGCGGCCUACGAGCAGCGGCAGCGCUUCAUGCUCUCGCCCGCCGCGUCGCUCGUCGCGGUGGACUGGGUGCUCCGCCGGCCAGAGGCGGGAGCGGCGCCAGCCAAGGCGGUGGCGGUGGACGCGAUGCGUCUGAGUGGCGGCGCGGGGCUGCUCGGCCUCGACCUCGGCCGCGUGGAGUACGACACCGUCGUGAGCGUCUUGUGCUCGGGCGAGGAGGCGGCGCCGGUCGCAGAGCGGCUGCGCAUGCUCAGCUCCGCGCUCGCGCACCGGCGGGUCGGCCAGAGGCCGGGCGUGCUCAGGGCGGCGCUCGCGGAGGAGGUAUUCCGGCUGCUUCACUUCGCCAUGGCGCCGCUCGCGCCUCGGCUCGGCGCCUCGCCGUACGGCCUGCGCAUCCACGCCGACGUCGCCGCGCUGAUGGCGCACUUGAGCGACGCGACUCUGCCGACGGGCGGCUUCGCACACUCGGGCGAGAGGGCCGAGGGCGGCGCGGCGCGGCCGUGCCGCGGGCUCGAGGCGGCGUCGCAGCUCGGACUGCUCGGCGGCGGAGACGAGGCGGCGCAGUGGCGCGAGUGGGAGGCGCUCGACACGGCGCUGCACGCGCAGCUCAGCGCCAACGGCCCCGCGCGGCGCGCCGCGUUCGGUGACCGUGGCGCCAACCCCAACCGCGCGCCGCACGGCGCCACCAUGCUGGGAGCUCUCUGCGCGCUGCUCGGCCUCCCGCCGCAGGUUGCGGCCGAGGUGAUCGCCUAUACGACGGCGCGCGACGUGCUCUCGGCGGCGGCCGACGUGGCCGAGGAGGCGGCGGCGGCGGCAGCUGUCGCGGCGCAGCGCGGGGUCGCGAAUGCGGCGAGCUCGGCGCCGCUGCUCGAGGCCAUGCACCCUUGCCACGAUCUGCUUGAUCGCCGUAUAUUCCGGACCUGA